CCACCUUCCACUUACCUGAAUCAGGUAGCGUCUACAGCUGUCGUCUCUCCAACUUCUCAGAGCACAAACUUGGAUUUCGAACGAAAAUGGCUUCAGAGGCUAUGGACGAGACCGAAACCAAAAUCACAGAAACAGUGUUGGAAGUUCUCAGGUCCUGUGACAUGGCUACGACCACGGAGUACGCGAUCCGAAAGUCCGCCUCUGAAAAGCUCGGGAUUGACCUCUCCAAUCCGGUUCGGAUGCAGCUUGUUCGCUCCGUCGUGGAAAUGUACCUCCUGGAACCAAAAGCUAAAGAGAUAGCCGUCGCGGAGAAAGCAAAUAAAGAGUAUGAUGACUGUGGUGACCUUGUUCUUUGCCGAUUGUCGGAUAAGAGAAAAGUGACGCUCACUGAAUACAAAGGGAAGCCUCUGCUGUCAAUAAGAGAAUACUAUAUGAAAGAUGGCAAACAGCUCCCUUCCACUAAAGGAAUAAGCUUGACAGUAGAACAAUGGGCAUCCCUCAAACAGAGUGUCCCUGAAAUUGAAGAAGCUAUCAAGAAAAUGAACUCAAGGCUGAAUUGAGAUGGGAUUUUCUAAAACUUGUACAAAGUAGAUUGACAAAUACCUUAAUGCAUCUGCUACCUUUUGCUCUCCAAACCGCUGGUAACAUGGGUAUUUUUGGCCGUUCUUGUGGUUGUUUGGCUUGUGGAUAAGCAAUUCAUCUCUAACUCAGUGAUACCUUCCUGUUCAUUCAAGAAAAUCAGAUUUACCUUGCUUAUGAUGCUU